AUGCAAGUGCAUUCCCUAUCAUACGUGGAUAUACAAACGAGACUUAACUUACAGCACAACACACUUACUGUGAUCGAUGAUGUAGAACAGGGAGUGGUGGUGGAUGAAGAUAUAUGGGUAUCAUGUUACCAAGCAGGUUCAAGUUCCGUACAUGGUAAAGUGAAGGUAUACCAAUCAAAUGGCCAACUGAAAUUACUCCCUCGAGACGGUGUAGAAAUUGAGAGAUUGACCAAUACCUCUUUCAAAGUUUCUUUCCACGCUUUAGGAGUACACGAUCGAUUGGUGAGAUUCCCAAAACAUGUCGUAUCUCCUCCCAAAAACCAAAACCCUCAAUAUAGUUCACUACACAUAAACUCUGUGGACGAACAUUCUGGCAAUGUUGUCGUCGGUGGAUCAGAUGGAUAUGCCGCUAUAAUCCCACAUGAAGGCGAGCCGGUAUUGCUGGAAGGACAUGUUGGGGAUGUGUUGGUCGUCAAAUGGUUUCCUUCUGGUAAAGUAAUCCUCACUGCAUCUUCCGAUCUCUCCUUGCGAAUCUAUAGCGAUACCGGUCUCAAUCCUCGAAUUCUACGUGGUCAUACACGCGCCAUCACAUCCCUCCACAUUCUCAGUGUAGGCAGGGAGGUAUUGUCCGCUUCGAAAGAUGGCACCAUCCGUUUAUGGCACGUAGGAGAAUCACAACAAGUGAGGAGAUGGGAUACUCAACCUCGAACAGCUAUUGAAGGAAUUGUUGUCAUUGAUGCUCCUUUCAUUAGACACCUUGGGGUGGAAGGAGAUCAAGCUAUCAUCACUGGACUACAAGAUGGUGAACUGGAAAUUUUCCCUUGGUCGGGGGAGGGAAGACGGAUAAAGGCUAUGGAAGGUGUUGGAAAGUUGAAUUGUAUAUCCUACGAUGGGAGAGAAACGGUGGUGACGGGUCAUACGGAUGGGACAGUGAUCUUGAGGAGGUUGUCUGAUCUUCAAAAUGGGUGGUGUAUGAGGAGAAAUCAAAGUCCGAUAUAUAGUUUAGCGGUUCGACAACAACAAACACCUCGCUCGACCCCUCCCACUUCUUCUCCACUUCUAGAGGUGGUGGGAAAAACAGUUAAUGAGACUGUGGAGGAUGUAGAGAUAUUGAAUCUGUACAUCGGGACGGCAGCUGGACUUCCAGCACGACUACGAUUCGAAUGGAAGGAGGGAUGGACGGUGAAGGAGACAGACGAGUUGGCAGGUUGGGAAGCUGAAUCAGUGGAGAGUAUAGUGAUAGCAUCGAGUGGGGAGGUAUGGUGUGCGGGGGGACAAGGAUGUAUCAGACGAUAUUAG